UUGUGCCGUUUCAGCUCUCAGUUUCAGUAUUUUUCGCAAGCGCUUUGUCCAACAACAUUAAAACUCUAAGUCGAUGACUGUGCUGUAAUUUGCCAGUAAAGUCAUGUAGGUUUUUAUUUAGACAGUAAGCUACGUUAUUCGUUACUGAUACUGUGUGUUUUGUUGGAGAGCCAAAUACGGUUAUGUAAGUUCUAGGUAUAAACAAGAAAAAAUCGUAAUGGUGUAUCAUCUGCCCAGACCAAUAUGUAUCCAGUUUGCGUAUACUGUGUCAUAUAUUCCCGCUAAUUUUGUUUAAUAUCUACCAGUCCCCUAACCGUCCAGUUUUCAGCUCAGGCACUGUCACUUGGGAAAAAUACAUGAAACAACUACUGCUGCUUAACUCAGAGAGGCAGCUGGUGAGUUUGCUGACGUUGUCAGUGGAAGCGGAGAAGUCAUAAUGGAAAGUGAAGGGAGUCAAAGUGAAGAGCCCGUGUUGUGUGAGAAUGCUGGCCAGGGGGGAGCUCUAGCAGAUGAGAAGAACCCCCCAGUUCAGGUCUCUGCUGUCAGUAAUGGGGGAGACUCUGAUGUGGGCAAGGAGAUGGUAGAUUUGAAAAUUAUUUGGAAUAAGAACAAAUACGAUCUAAAAACUCCACUUGAUGCCACAGGAGCCAAUUUAAAGGAGCGAAUCCAUUCACUUACAGGUCUUCCACCUGCUAUGCAAAAAGUGAUGUACAAAGGACUGCUACCAGAAGAUAAGACACUACGAGAAAUUAAAGUAACAAAUGGAGCAAAAAUAAUGGUAGUGGGAUCUACAAUAAAUGAUGUUCUAGCAGUAAAUACACCGAAAGAAGUCAUUCAGCAAGAAGUAAAAGCUGAAGAAAAUAAAAAGGAGCCUUUAUGUCGACAAAAGCAACACAGAAAAGUUCUUGAUAAAGGAAAACCAGAAGAUGUAAUGCCUUCCUUAAAGGGGGCAAAGGAGCGCUUACCUACUGUGCCUUUAUCUGGAAUGUACAAUAAAUCAGGUGGGAAAGUGCGACUCACUUUCAAACUGGAACAGGAUCAGCUGUGGAUUGGAACAAAGGAAAGGACAGAAAAGAUUCCAAUGGGUUCUAUCAAGAAUGUGGUGACUGAACCAAUUGAAGGUCAUGAGGACUAUCACAUGAUGGCAUUUCAGUUGGGUCCUACAGAAGCCUCUCAGUAUUGGGUGUAUUGGGUGCCUGCACAGUUUGUUGAUGCAAUCAAAGACACGGUACUUGGAAAAUGGCAGUAUUUUUAAAUGUGCCUCCUCUCUUGACCAUGAAGAACUGGGAUACAGAACUCACAUGAUCAAAAGAAAAGUUCCUUCCUCCUCUCUAAAGGACAAUGAGUCAUUGAAGAACAUUGAUUUUGAAGGCAGUUGGGGAAAAAUAAGAGAACUAAAGGAUGCUGUCAGACUUGACAGGUUGUUUUGGGAUUAAUUAUGAGAUCUGUUACAUAGCAGUAUCCCAUUUUCUUGUCCUAUUUCAUAAAUUUUUUUAAAAGUGAAAUCUGA